AUGAGUGCUCCAGAGAACAAGAGCCUGAACGAGUUGGCAGCAACCAAGACCCGGAGGAAGGCUCCGUUGCCGAGAUUUGCACUCAAGCCCUCGAUCUACGAGCAGGCAGAACAGCUUUGGCAAGACACCCUCGAGGCCCUCCUGAUGUCUGGCAGCCCUGCCCCAAGAUCAUCAUCCCCUAGCUCAGGCUCAAGGACACAGAAGAAGACAGGUGGCCAAAAUGCCAGCGGGGGAGAUGAGCAAACCUCAGGGGUGGAUGCAGUGGAGCUGGUGAGGCAGCUGCAGGAUCUGGUGACAGAGCAUGAGGCGGCUGCUGAUGUGGCGGCAGAGGCCCUGUCAGCGCUGUCCUGGGACCAGCUGCAAACCUUGCAGGUUGUGCUGGACAAAGUGGGCCAUGAGCUGCUGUCCGACUUCAUCCACAUCACAGCCUUCCACACCUCGGACCCCUUCGCAAAGGCCCUGGAUGGAAAUGUCCCGGGGGCGCACGCGAACGCUAGGGGAUGGAAGGCUCGUCGCAAGCGCAGGGCUCAGGCCGCUGCCGAGAAGAUCAAGAAGCAUGAGCCCGAAGCGGCCGCAGCAACUGCACAGGCUGUGCCAGCACAUGCGGAUGCCUGGAGGGAGCGGCAGGGCGCCGCGCAUCAGCAGGGGCCGGUGCCGCCAGAGAUGGCCAAGUACGCGCAGAUGCUGGCCGGCCGCCACUGGCGCCCGCCCCAGGCCUCCGAUGACGCCGCGGCCGCGGCCGGCGGCGCGACCGGCGCAGCCGGGGGCCGAGCGUCUAUAGCGGGCGCCCAGCGCAAUGCGUGGCAGAGGGCGUCCAUGGUGGCUGGCGAGCACCGCGCACUGGGCAUGGCUCGGCAGUCCAUAGCACUAGCCUCCUCCUCCGCCGCUGCAUCUCCUGCAAACGCUCAUGCUGCCGCGCAGCAUUCGGAUCACACAGCUCCUGCCGCGAAUGGUGCCCGUCAGCCCUCCUACACAGGCCUGUCAUAUGCAGCGUGGCAUCCUGCAGCAGCCGGCAAGGUGCUCAGCGCAGGGACAGCGCCCGGGGAGUCGGCCGGGCCGCGGCGGCGCUUCUCGACGGUGUUUGACGGCGGCGGCGGCGGCCAGAUCGCGUCGCCACCGGCGCCGCCCGCCGCUCCGGCGCUGGACGCCAACUUCCUGGGCAAGAGCCCUGGACCAUACCUGGCCAAGAGCGCCCAGGUCAUCCGCAGGGAGCUGCAUGAGCAACAGCUUGCAGAAGCUGCUCUGGACGAUUGCAGAAGCAGUGUGCAGUCAUAA